AUGGCCGCUUGGAUUGCCAAUGCGGGGCCGGCCGGCGUUCCCCUCACGCUUGCGACCAUCCGCGAUCACGUCGCGAACAUGGCCCGCGACAUAGACGGCGUCCCGCCGGAGUUCCGGUGCUCCGUCGGCUGGGUACGCCGUGCGUUGCGUCGCCAGGGCGUCCGCUGCCUGAGCGCCGUGGGAGAGGCGGCGGACCAGGACAUGGCCCCCGUGCGCACGACGCGUGAGAAGCUUCCGCAGCUGCUGAUGCAUCUGUCGAUAUCCGCCAGGGAUACGUACAACUUCGACGAAACUGCGCUGUACAUCUCUGUGUUGCCCCGAAAAUCUUACGGCAAUCGGCGCGUGGCCGGACGGAAAAUCCCGAAGGACCGCCUUACCGUCGGCCUCCUCGUCAAUGCCGACGGUUCUCAUUCGUUCCGCCCCUUGGUCAUAUCAAAGGCCAAGAGGCCCCACGACUUCCGCCCCGACUACAACCCUGACGAGGUGUGCUACUGGCGCACUUCGUCGAAGGGAUGGAUGACGACCGAGGUCUUCACUCACUUCAUGGAGCAACUAAAUGCCGCCAUGUACGCCGAGGAGAGAAGCAUUGUCAUCCUCAUGGACAAUGCUAGCAGCCAUGUCCUCAAGUCCGAAGGAGCCGACACGGAGGACAUGUUCGGAUUCCGCACGCGCAAGCUCAGUAAUCUCCGCAUCGUCUACCUGCCUCCUAACACUACAUGUUUCACCCAGCCCCUGGAUCAGGGGAUCAUUGCGACGGCCAAGGCGCGGUACCGUGCGCAUUGGCUCAGCGCCUUCACUGCGCAGUGGGCCGAGAACGGGGCCACGUCUGCGAUGGCGAGGUACAAGCUGAACCUUCGCAACGUCCUGGCCUGGUUGCUGGACGCUUGGAUGAACAUCGAGCGCCGCACGAUUCAGCGCUCCUGGUGGCGCACCGAGUGCCUGCCGCGUGCGUGGGAGAUGCAGCUUGAGCACGUCCGACACGGCUGCGCAGGCGGCAACGGCGCCGGCGGCGGCAACUGCGGUCUCCCAGAGCUCGACGAGGCAGUGGGCGAUGUGGGGAUCCUCAUCGAUCGCCUUGGCCUUGGCCCUUCGGCGAUGCCGGCCGCGGAGUUCGUGCGCGUCGACGACAAUCAGCCGACUUGCGCCGAGCCGGGUGAGGACCCGCUGGCGAUGGAGCCGCCGAAUGAGAGGGCGCCAGAGAUGUGGGAGGCUCCCACGACUAUGCAGGCUGUCUAUGACGACGGCAAUCCGGCGUGCCGUGAAGCACGGCGCUACGCGCGUGCCGCGAGCGAAAUGCUCAUCGGCUACGCGAAGGCGACGGGCAUCACCCCGCGUGACCUCUGCGCGCUGUUCGACAUCCGCAACCCCACCAUCAGGGCCCGGAUGGAGCGCGCAAGUCCGCCGCUCAAUCUGAACCAGACCCCACCUCCCACCACGCCCGUCGGCUCCACCCCGCCGGCGGAGACCCCUCGCCGCCGUGGGCGUGUGCUGCCGGCGUGGAUGACGGCGCCUACCCCGCGUUGGGUCACUUUGGCUCAGCAGGCGGCACGCCGCCAGGAGCUCAUUGAAGCAGGGGCGCCCGCCGUGAUGGGCGGGUUCCUGGAUGCGGCCGAGUGGAUGAGGCUGUGUGGGUUGUUAAUCGCCGGGGUCCCUCUCGCACCGCCGUCGUCUGCAUGGCAGUGGGACCCCAUAGGCUUCUGGGACGAGCCCUUCUCAUCCCUCUUAACCGAUGAAGCAGCUGUCGCCGCUACCGUGACUGGUACCGACGGCCUCCCUGCCGUCGCCGCCGCCGGCGGAUCCGCCGCCAAUGGUGCCUUGCUCCCCGCCGCUCAACCCGCGGGUUUCGGCAGCAGCCCUCCGCUUUCAACGGUGGGCAGCAGGCCUUGGGGGGGUCCUGAGGGCACUACCCCCGUCGCCGCCGCCGCCGCUGCCGCGUGGCUCGACUCCGCCAUUGCCGCUGGGGAGGGGGAAUGGUGGCUGCAUGGCGCGGGGAGAGAGGCGCCGACCGGGGGAGCGGCGGGGGCGUUGGCGCAGCUAGGGUUAGGCGGGGAAGACGAAUUGGACGGGGUGCCUGCACUAAGCGGCAACGCGACUACGGCGCCAGAGGCGGGUGCGGGUGGCGGUGCGGGGGUGGGUGGGGGUGCGUGUGGGGUGGGCAGAGCGGAUCUUGCGGAGGGUGGUGGUGAUAGGAGCGGAGAAGAGGCACCGGGUACACCUGUAGCAGGAGCAGCAGGAGGAGCAGAGGUGGAAGCAGCAGAAAUGGAAACAGGUGUAAGGACGGCAAUGGUUGCGGCGACAGAAGCAGCGUCGUCUUUUCCAGUAAUGUCGGUGCCAUCAGCGGUAGCAGGUGCUCAGGCUGCUGCGCUUGGGCCGGGUGGCGCAUGUAGAGAUGCAGAAAUCAAAGACGUGAACAUAGGCCAAGGCGCAGCAGCACCAACAACAGCCCCAGUAGCGCCAGCAGCAGUAGCAGCAGACGCAGCGGCACCAGCGGCAAAGGCAGAACGUUCACUGGCGCGCAGGCUGGCAGCGGCUCUUGGCGAGGAGUAUGACGAGAGGUUGGAGGAGCAAGAGCGGGAGAGAAAACGAGAACGGGAAAGGCAGGAGAGGGAACGAAAGGAGCGAGAGAUGGAGAGAGAACGCGAGAGGGAGCGAGAGCGGGAGAGGCAGCGAGAGCGGGAACGUGAGAAGGAGAGGGAGAGGGAACGGGAGAAGGAGAUGGAGCGCGAGAGAGAGCUGGCAAGGGAGAUGGCAACGAUAGGGCGGAAGAGGGAAUGGAUAGAGGCAGUGGAAUCGUGGAAGCAAAAGGAAAUGGCGGCCACAUUUGACAGAAUCACCAGCCUUCACGGCCCCUCUCCACUCCAACGGCUCACGACCAUGUCUGGAGUGUUCAACCCAUUCCCGCAGCAGCAGAACCCUGGUGUGUUUCGGCAGGGGUCAUCGUCGCCUGUGGCAGGCCCAGGCCUGUUGUUCACAGGGCAUGCGGCACGCAGCAGCGCAGCGAACCACUCCCCCACCUUCCCCCUUGGCAUCGGCUUCGAGCCUGGAGGUGCCUCCUCUGGUGCUUGCAGCAGCGCUGGAGCUGGCGGUAUUGGCGGUAACGGGCUUACUGGCGUUGCUGGUGGCACUGACGGUGCAGGUGCAGCGGGCCUUUGGAUGGGCUCAGCGGGCAGUGCGUGGAUGGGUGCCAAUGCCAACGGAGCACCCACCGGGUUUGCUUUCUCCUCCCCCCCUGCGGGCUCUCCUCCGGUCUCAGUCACAGCGCCUGCCAUGAGUGCUGGUCUGGGACUAGACGGGCUAGGUCUAGGCAUGCUUGGACUAGGCGGGCAGGUGUCUGGCGGGCAGGGUCUGGGACUGGUGGGUGCAGAGGGGGCGGUAAGGCGGGGCUUGUCAUGGGGAGCGGUAGCGCCUGCUGCCAGGGAAGCGCCGAUGGGGGCUGCAGCUGCGGCUGUGAGCGGGGGGGAACUGGGCGCAGCCCUGGGCGCAUCCAUGCGCGGAACCAUUGGGGGGGGAACCAUUGGCGGAACCAUGGGUGGAGCCGUGGGCGCAAUGCAGGGAGGGUUGGUAGGUGGUGGGGUGGCUCUUGACUUUUGGAAACUAGGCAGUGGUGGUGCCAUGGACAGUAGGGCGCAUGGAGCAGUGCAGGAGGGAGGAGCAGGCAUGGGGCGUGCAGGUGGGGGUGGGGGAGAGGCGGAGCGGCGAUCAGGAGCAGAUGGAGGGAGCAGAGGAGGGGUUGAGAGGGAUGCGGUGCAGUUACGGGGGAGUGGAUGGCACACCCGUGGUUCUUCGCUUCCUCUACAGGAGCAGUUGCAGCAGCGACUGCAGCAGCAACAGCAGCAGCAACAACCACAGCAGCAACACGACCGGCAGCAGCAAAAUGUGCAGCAUCAGCAGCGGGAGCAGCAGCAGGAGCAGAAGAGGCGGGGCGAGGAGGAGGAGAGAGAAGAGAUCCGGCAGCAGGUGGUGCAGUUUCGGGGAGCAGGGGGGCGGGUGCGAGCAAGAGCGGGCGGCAGCACUGGCAGUGGUGGCAGUGCUGGCAGCGGUGGCAGUGUAGGCAGGGCGCCUCUGAGCCACCCUGUGAUGGAGCGACUGCUCAUUCUCGGCGAGGCCGUCGCCACUGGCGAGGAUGAGACGCGCAUAUGGAGUUUGGCGGAGGAGCUACGGCUGCACGCAGACAGGCGGGGGGCACCGGAGCAGCGGCUGGUGCACUAUGUGUUGGAGGGGCUCAUUGCACGUGUCAUGGGGGACGGGGCCAAGCGCUGGAACACCAACACUGCCCUGUCCGUCAGCGAGGACGUGUUAAGCAAGAUGGCAGACCUCUCAUUUGUGAUGCCGCACCAUCGCUUCAUGGUCAUGGCGUGCAAUGCAGCAAUAGUGGAGGCAGUGCGGAACCACCCCGUCGUGCAUGUGGUGGACAUUGGAUGGUGGUUCGCCGGCCAGUGGCCCGGCUUCAUUGCCGCGCUCGGGACUCUCCCAGGCCCCAAGCCCCUUCUCAAGUUCACCAAGGUAGUCAUCAGUGCUCAACGCUCAGUGGACACCCCGCCCUCCAUGUGCCCGGAGCGAAACUUUUCCCAGCUGCCCACGGACCACUGCCAGGACAUGCUGGAGCGGGCAGCAGCAGCAGCAGGCAUCCGCCUGGUCUUCCAGGCAGUCGAGUGUUCUCUCGAUCGCCUCGACCGCCGUAUACUCGGCCUCGACCCCCUCUCCCCGACCGCUGCCGCCAGGUGCCUCAGCAGCAGCAGCGGCAACAGCAGCGGCAGCGGCGGCGGCUGCGGAGAUGGCACGUGCAGCAACCAGUCUGGCAUCACGCACCGGCCCCACAAGCACCAGCGCCACUCGUCCGCGACACUGCCAAUAACCGGAGCAGCGGACGCAAGGCAGAUGUUAUCGGCGGUGGAAGCGGGGAGGGGAGCAGUGGGGGAGGUGCUGGUGGUGAAUGGCAUCAUGCGCUUGCACACGCUGCCUAGCGGGUCCGUGGUGCGGCACUCCCCGCGCGACGCUGCUCUGCGUGCCAUCCGCAGGCUGAACCCGCACGCAGUGGUGCUGGGGGAACGGCACGUGGACCACGACGGACCCUUCUUCCUGCGCCGCAUGGCCGACGCCCUCCCCUGGUACCUCUCCGUGUUUGAAUCCCUCGAAGCAGGCCUCGUCCCGCGCGUACAGGCAUCCCGAGAUGUCUUCGAGCAGGUGGUGAUAGGUCGGGACCUUGUGAACGUGAUAGCGUGCGAGGGGGCGUUGCGGGUGGUGAGGUCCGAGCCGCUAGGGAAGUGGAACUGGCGUAUGGGAGAGGCGGGGUUUGCGGCCGUGCCGUACCCGGCGCGUGCGCGCGUGCAGGUGGAGACGGUGAUGGCACGGUAUCCUGCAGAGUUUGGCGUGGAAGAUGAUGAGGGCAGCCUGCUGCUGACGUGGAAAGGGCAGCCCAUGAUGGGCGUGGGGGUGUGGCGCGUGGCGCGGUGA